AGCACCAUCACCAGCACACUGAAGGCUCUUCUGGAAGACAAACGUCUGACAUUCCAGAAGAGCCGCUGGUAUGGUGAGGAUCUCUGUCCUACCACCUGGGACUACGUAUUCAGCCUGGAUCUUCUUUGUGCACAACUGGGCUGGAUGUGGACCGACACCCAUGUUAUUCGAAAACGUGUUUGGCUGAUCUUGAACACUUGGCUGUUGGAAACACAAACAAAGAGAAGGCAGUUUAGAAACGUCUCUGUUGCAGCAGUUAUCAGGCUACUUGGGCGACUUGGCCAACAAGGCCUUAAGGAGAACCUGGCAGCAUCAGUGGAAAAUCUGACAAAAAGCAUCAUUGAGUUUGGGACACAAAAAGUCUUGGAAGAUAUGCCGUGGAGGUGCAGCUGUCAUUAA